AGUCAAGCGACAUCGGCGAGGGUUGACACUUGGAUGGGUGACCGUUUUUUCAGGGUAUAUUACGAUAUCUCAGGAAAUCUUUUGGACAUCCUCUGGAUAUCGUUUUAGAUAUCUACAGGAUGUCAAAUCGGUGGAUAUUUGUGCAUUCCUUGGAUAUCCCUCGGAUAUCGCAGACGGUCCACGGAUAUCCAACGAUAUUGCGAUAUCCCAAAAUGACAUCCCAGCGACAUCCCUAGGAUAAAGUGUGUUGUGUGGGUAGUGUCUCUUGAAUCAGCACGAAAACAUGCGACAGAUUCAAAUUAUGAGACGACCGACGAUGAACGAUUAGGACGAGGAAAAAGACCUCAUGUUCCGUAUAAUCGCUUCAACAGCGACGACGACGAUGGAGAAGAGUGCCAAGAUAGCCAACGUCAAAAAUAUAAAAAAAAAAAACAAGUCAAUAGCACUGUUGUUUCAAAGUUACCAUUGUGUCCUGAGAACUUUGGAUUAUGUAAUAAAGAAACGAACAAUGGACUUUGGAUUAUGUAAUAAAGUUGCAAUAUCACUGCAAGAAAAACGAUUUGGAACAAGCACUGUGACCUCUAGAUCACUAUCAUGCUCUGAUAACUUAGGAUCAAGUAAUAUGAAACGAGGAAAUAAUGGAUACAAUGAAGCUGCAACGUCACAGCAAGAAAAACAAUUUGGAACAAGCACUGUGACCUCUAGAUCACUAUCAUGCUCUGAUAACUCAGGAUUAAGUAAUAUGAAACAAGGAAAUAAUGGAUACAAUGAAGCUGCAACGUCACAGCAAGAAAAACGAUUUGGAACAAGCACUGUGACCUCUAGAUCACUAUCAUGCUUUGAUAACUCACAAUUAAGUAAUAUGAAACGAAGAAAUGAUGGAUACAAUGAAGCUGCAACGUCACAGCAAAAAAAAGAGGAUCAAUUCUUGGGAUCUGAUGAGAGAUGGGAAGAUAUAGAUAUAAUACUAAACGAUUCCAAUCCCUUGCUUCCUGUACAGAACGUAGAAAAUUUCAAUAUACAAGGUAACUGUUACGAAUGCAAGCAACUGUUACGAAUGCAAGCAGCAUCGAAUUUAACUUUGAAGGACAUUAAACAAAGACUAAUGAGGCUGGAAAAUAUUAUCCAAGGCCGUGCAUUAAAUCCAUUGGACAAUGAUGAUAAUUUGAUUGCAGAAUUGUUACCAUUGGCCACAGUUAACAAUAUAAACGAAUUGGAAUCUAUAUUAACAACUUCAAACGAAGCAGUGACGCAGUUUAAACGAUUUUUAUUAAAAAUUGGGGGAAACAAUCCGAGGAAUAAUAUUCAUCGUAUUCUCAAAAAGAUUUUUACCAACGAGUGUGCCACACACUGCUCUUGGAAGGGUGUCCGGAAAAACUUCCGGGUAGACAACUUACAACUAAUGUUAAUUAUGAGAAAAGAGAUUACCUCGCACCAUACGGCGCUCACAGAGUCUCAAUUUGAUUCUAUAACUGCGGAAUGGUUUUGCUUCGCCAAACAGCGGAAAACGAGAGAAGACAAUCUUCGGUUGGCAUCAGUCGGUCGUCAAGAGAACAACAAGGAGAACGAAAAUGAAGGCAAUUAGUAUUAAUAGUCGUUUUGAUGAAUUUAAAGUUUUUUAAUAGAAUUUCUUUUGCAAUAUUGCAACUGACAUUUUGCAGAAUUUUUGAAUUGUUUCUUAUGGGCUGUUUUCCAGCUAGGUACACAGACGACACAGUGUAAGUGUCCACUAGUGUGAGUGAGACAUACUGAUAUGUUCUUUCGCAUACUAAUGGACACUGUUACACUGUGUCAUCUGUACGUAGCUGGAAAACAGCCAUGGUUUUGUUUCUUAAAGCCAAAUUUACAAUGUGUUUUUUACUUCCUGUUUUCUACUCUUAACCUCUUUGCGACUACCGUAUUUUGCAAUUCCUACGUACUUCUCAUAAUUAACAUUAGUUGUAAAUUGUCUAAACUGCGAUUGACAUUCUGCAAAACGUUCAAAAUAUGUUUCUUAUAGUUCUUUUUCUUUACAAGACAUUUUUAUAGUGUUUUCGAUUUGCUGAUUCUACUCAGAGUCAGCAAAUCGAAAACGCUAUAAAAAUAAAAACCAUUUUCCAUAUGGUUCAGUUUCUUCAAACAUGUAUUCUUGAUAAUACUGUGAUUGACAUUCUGCAAAAUGUUCAAAAUGUUUUUUAUAGUUUUUUUUUACAAGACAUUUUUAUAGCGAUUUCGAUUUGCUGAACAUUGCGAUUGACAUUUUGCAGAAUGCUUAAAUAAUGUUGUUCAAUUUUUAUAGUAUAUUAUACUCGUAUUUUAAUAGAUUACUAGAAUCUCAAAACAUUGUGACUGACAUUUUGCAAAAUGUUUAAAUGUUUCCCAAGACCUUGUUUCUCUAAAAAUGUACUUAGGUAAAAUUGCGAUUAACAUUUUGCAAAAUGUUAGAAAUGUUUUCUAUAUGGUUCAGUUUCUUCAAACAUGUAUUUUCGAUAAUACUGUGAUUGACAUUCUGCAAAAUGUUCAAAAUGUUUCUUAUAGUUCUUUUUCUUUACAAGAUAUUAUUAUAGCGAUUUUGAUUUGCUGAACAUUCCCAUACAGCACAGAAAGAUUGCAGCAACAUUGUGGCAACAUUUCAACGCAAGAUUGCAAUAUUGCAUAAACGUUGUAAAAUGUUGCUGCAAGGUUGCUGCAAGAUUGCAGCAAU